AUGAAUGUGAAAAGUACAGAAUGGCGACCCGGUCCCACUGUUUGUCGUUGUUGUUUGACCGAGGGAUGCUACAAGGAUAUCUCAACAGAAUAUUUUUGGAUGGGAAAGCGCGAAGUAUACGCCGAAAUGCUUUUGGACACCUUCAACGUCACGAUCGCGUACUCUCAAUCUGGCGGGCCAAAUAGCAACAGCCGUCUGAUAUGCGAGCCAUGCAUAUCACGGCUCCGAGACGCGAAUGACUUCAGGCGACAGGUGCUGGAGUGCGAGAAGACGUUCAUGCAGCAUCUUGAUCCUGGCACUUCCAGCGUGACGGAAUCUGAAGCUCCAGUGGAGACUCUUGAGGAUGUGAAGUUGGAGCGGAUCAAGUUGGAGAAGAGGCUCAGCGAUGAUGACUUUGAUGAUCGCGAUUAUGAUGACGAUGAUGAUGAUGACAUGGACGACGAGCCCCUAACGAAACUUGCAAGCAAAAUACCUAAAAAAGAAUCUGUGGACUUGAUGGAUCUCUUAGACAACACGAAGGCAGCUGAAAAACGAAAAUCAACUACUAAGGUCAAGGCUUCUCCGUCUAAAAAAGCAAAAAUCGUCAAGAAAGAACCGGUGAAAGCUUCAGCUAGCAAAGUGGCUCCUAAACCUGAGAAGAAGAAAAAAGCGGAAAAUUACGAUGCGACGCGAGCUAACGCCAUCACCAUUAUUAGCUGUACAACAGCUUAUCCGUUCAGAGUGAACGACAAGUCUGUACUCUGCGUCUACUGCCAAGAGCUGUUCGAAGAUCCGGACAUGUUUCGGCAGCACAUGGAUACGGAACACGAUUAUUUCAGCAUCAAAGUUGCGUUCCAUCACCUACCCAAAAACGAAUUCAUCAAAGCAGACUUGACGAAUUUGAGAUGCAGAACUUGUAAAGAACAGUUCCAAAAUUUGGACUCAGUAUUGGAGCAUGUAGCUAAAGUGCAUGGAAAAAAAACGGAUCCGAAUGGGAAAUUAGGCGUUAUGCCUUAUUAUUUACAGAAGGAUGUGUUCAAUUGUGCAGUCUGUGAUAAAAACUUUCCCACACUUUUCCACUUAAAUCGACACACGAUUUCGCAUUUUCUGAGUUACGUGUGUGACGUCUGCGGCAGUAGCUAUGUCGCCACAACUGGACUGCUAAAACACAUGAGAUCCAAACACCAAACGUAUGAAGUAUCUUGCAAAAGAUGCAGAAAAGUUUUCCCAACAAUGGAAGAUAAAGAAAAACAUUCGCGAACAGAAAAAUCUUGUAUGCCCUAUUGCUGUCCGAAAUGUAUGGAACGUUUCCUGGAUUGGAAGUCAAGGAGACGACAUAUGGAAGUGGCCCACGGCCUCUUAAAAAAGACUUAUAAAUGUGCGGAAUGCAGUAUUGAUUUUACUACGGAAAAUGCUUACUAUAUUCACUUUAAGCUCAAUCACUCUGAAGAUUGUAUUGUGUAGUUCGAUCCGUUGGUCGAAGCGCGACAAAACGCUAAGGUAGUAUUGAGAUACUCAACAGCGUAUCCGUUCAGGAUCCCCGCCAAUGACAUGGUGUGCGUUUAUUGCUGCGAGCCCUUCGAGGAGCCCGGGGCGUACAGAGACCACAUGAAACGCGAACAUAGCUCGUUCAACGUCGACACCGCAUUCGCGCACACCGUCAGCGCAGAAGAGUACAUCAAAGUCGAUUGCACGGAUCUACAGUGCAGACUCUGUUCCAUAGAACUAGACUCGGUCAACACAGCAGCUGAGCACCUACAUCUAGAGCAUGACAAAAAACUUAACUUAAAUGCAGAAGUAGGUUUACAAGUAUUCAAAUUGGGACAGGAACGUUGGGUGUGCGCGGUGUGCUCGCUGAAAUUCCCGUCCCUAAGAGCUCUCAGCAGACAUAACAGCUGUCAUUAUCAUAAAUACACUUGCGAAACGUGCGGAAAGUCUUACAUAAGUAAGGAAAACUUGAAUAAGCACAUAUUAUUCGGCCACUCUCAAGAGAAAAUUUGCAUCAAGUGUCGGAAAUCAUUUCCGAACAGCGAGGCGCGACGCUUACACGUUUUGGCAACUAGGCGCUGUUGGCCUUUCGCCUGCAAUUUGUGCGGCGAACGAUUCAUAUCUAGAAAACUCAAAUUUGCUCACAAGAGUGAAGUUCAUAGCGUGGGUGUUACUAAAAAAUGCCACACUUGUCCAGAAUGCCAAAGAUCUUUUGACGAAUGGAGGCAGUAUAGAGCUCAUUAUAUCAUUUCUCACACAGAUAUGAACUACGUCUGUCCAUUUUGCGACCCAAACGACUUGAAUAACGUCGCUAAACGGAACGCCGAGAUUAUCGUGAAAUUUUCCACCGUUUACCCCUUCAAGCUGCCCGAAGAGAACAUGGUGUGCGUCUACUGUGCCGACCCUUUCAAAGACCCUGUAGAAUUCAGGGCUCACAUGAAUAAGGAUCAUAAAACCUUUAAUCCCCGCAUGGCAUUCCAUCACUGUUCAGAAGGAUACAUCAAAGUUGACUGCACGGAUAUAAAGUGUAGAAUAUGCUCUGAACAAUGUCAAACUUUGGAAGAAAUAGCACAACACCUGGUAUCCGCACAUAAAAAACCUUUAAACUUAACCGUUGAGUGUGGACUUCAGCCUUUUAAACUUGAAAGGAAUACGUUAUCGUGUGCAAUUUGUAAUGCAAAAUGCCUUUGCUUAAGGCAACUGAGCAGGCACACCCAAAGCCAUUUCUGGAGGUAUACCUGCGAAGCCUGUGGCAAAUCUUAUGCGACUAAUACAACAUUGCGAAGUCACAUAAGAUUUUCCCACAUUAAUAACGAAAGGAUUUGUAGAAAAUGUAAAUCUACCUUCAGUACUUUAGAAGACAAAAGAAAGCAUUUAGCCGAGUCUCCCAGGUGUUGGUCUCACUUAUGUUGUGUGUGCGGCGAGCGUUUCAUGACUUAUCACUUAAAACAACAACACUUAUCCGAAGUGCAUGAAGUUAAAAAGAAAACCUUCAUUUGCCCAGAAUGUGGGGAAGUCUUUAUAGAUAGAAAACGUUACAGGGUACAUUUUAGAAUAUUUCACACUGAUGAUAAUUACACAUGUUCUUGUUGCGGUAUGAAAUUCGAGACGAAACGGACUUUAGACGAUCAUAGGGUCACUCAUACUAUGGAGAAACUUUUCCCCUGUACCGUGUGUUCAAAGUCGUUUCCUAGGAAAAAGAACUUAAAUCAACAUAUGUGGAUACAUAGGGAACAUAAGAGGUUCGAAUAAAAAAAGCCGUUCGACGCCGCUCGACGGAACGCACAAACGGUCAUACAAUAUACCACAGCUUACCCGUUCAAGCUCCCGGACACAUCCAUGGUUUGCGUAUUUUGCUGUGAAAGUUACGAUGAUCCCUCAAAGUUUAGAAAUCACAUGCGCGUCGAACAUCAGGAGUUCAAAAUGUAUAUUGCAUUCGCUCAUAUCCCCGAAGGCUUCAUAAAAGUUGAUUGUACGGAGUUAAAAUGUAGAAUAUGUUUGCAAAAUCUUCGGAACAUUGAGGAUGCGGCAGAUCAUUUAGUAAAAAUACACAAUAAAAUCAUCAUUCUGAACCACGAUUUGGGCAUACAUCCAUUUGUCAUAGAAAAGGAUAAAUAUUCUUGUGCUAUUUGCAAUGAGAAACAUUCAACUUUAUCUCUGUUGAGUAAACAUAUGCAUCGGCAUUACGUUCAGUAUACCUGCGACGCCUGUGGCAAAUCUUACGCCACAAAAACGUCAUUACAUUGCCAUCUGAGAUAUAACUGCGGUACUGGACCAUUGACAAGGAAGUGCCGUAAAUGUAAGGGCGUAUUCCAUUCUCUGAAAGAGAGGCAGGCACAUUUAGAAAUUUCGAAAAAGUGCUGCCAACACGUUUGUAACUUAUGUGGAGAGAGAUUCGUAACGUGGACAAUAAAACAAACGCAUAUGACAGAAGUUCACAAUCUGCCGGCAAAAUCUUACAGUUGUCCUGAAUGUUCCCUAGUGUUCGCGCAACGAGAUAAAUUCAGAGCUCAUUUCAAAAUCUACCAUACGAAUGACUAUGUCGAAUGCUCUUAUUGUGAGAAACGUUUUGAGAAUGAAAAGAGCUUGAAGAAACAUGUAGUCAUACAUACGGGAGAAAGGGGUUUUAUCUGCACUGUAUGUGCUAAAGCUUUUCCCAGAAAAUCUACACUCGACCAGCAUAUGUGGAUACACAGAGAAGUAAAGAAACACGAAUGUAAAAUGUGUAACAAACAGUUUAAUCAAAAAGUCAGCUGGAGGACCCAUAUGAAAUCACGACACCCGGAUCUGGAAUAUGGAAUGGAGGGGUGA